AUGGACGUCAACAUAUCCUCACUGCCCCAAUCUAAUGCCCCGUCAAGUUCUUCCUCCGUGUUACCCUCUGACAGUGCCUCACAAGUUGCCAGCACACUGUCGGAACCCGAGGCGUCGUCAGCUCAGCAUACGGUCAAGAGAAGGAAACUGAGAGCCACAUCAACAUGGGAUCACUUUCGAGAAGCUCAAGGCGACGAGCCACGCACUAUAAGCGGGAAAUUACUCCACUACUGCACGCGUUGUCGCAAUCCAUUCUGGUCAACCUACAUAUCUGGCAACGCCUGCUAUCAUCUCGAGAAGGCUCAUUACAUACUUGUUCGAGAGGAUUCAAAAUCUCAAAACAGGCGCCAACUAGCCAUCGAAAAUGCCUUCGCAAGAACAACUGGCAAGCAGAUGCAGCAAGUCAGGGAGAAUGAGAUGAACACUCUACGGAGUGUAAUCAAUGUCGAUGCCUUUCGGGAGGCACAGAUGCUGCUAUCCGCACAUAAACAUUUGCCGCUCAACUUCGUAACGUGGCCGGAAUACCAGGCACUUCUAGCCGCGAUAAACCCUGCCGUUAAAGAGUUCCUGACUGAUUCCGGUAGCACA